AAACAUUGUAAUUUGUUUUAUCUUUGUCUUUUUCUUUUCCCAAAGGUGGCAGAAAGGGCACUCUAUUAUUGGAAUAAUGAGUACAUCAUGAGUUUAAUAGAAGAAAACUCUAAUGUCAUCCUUCCCAUCAUGUUUUCCAGUCUUUAUAGGAUUUCAAAAGAACAUUGGAAUCCGGCUAUUGUGGCGUUAGUGUACAAUGUGUUGAAGGCAUUUAUGGAAAUGAACAGCACCAUGUUUGACGAGCUGACAGCCACAUACAAUGAGAAGAAGAAGGAAAAAGAGCGUGAAGAAUUAUGGAAAAAAUUGGAGGAUCUGGAAUUAAAGAGAGGUCUUAGACGUGAUGGGAUAAUUCCAACUUAACAAAACUGCAGCAGCAACAUUACUAACCUGUGGAGUCACACAUUUAUGUAGUAGAAGAUGGAGCAACAGUUUUCUGUAUUGUGCAACUUUACAGUAGAUUUCACAUUUGUUUCAUUAUUACAACAGCACUGUAUAUACCUGUCUCUAAGUAAAGGAAAAAAAUAAGGACUUCAAUCCAAAGUUUGGACAGUAGAUGGACUUCUCAGAACUUUGCAAACAUAAUCAUUGUUCUAACCCUCUUUAAAACAAAGAAAAAAAGCAGUCUUCAAAGAUCUGUUGAUGAAAUUGCUAUGUUAAAAUUCCAUUAUCAGGAGUUCCUUAUUUAUCACUAGCAGAGAAUAUGAUACAAUUUUCAAAUGUGAACAAUCUUAAAUUUAGCUUGUCUUUCUGCUAAGCUGUUAAAUGUAUUUAUAGUAAAGGAAGAAAAAAAAGACUGUCAUUUCCUUAUAAGUUUGUAUAACAUCCUCCUCUGGAUAACUUGGCUGUAAUUUGACAUCUUUUCCUUUUGCACAUCUUCAUGAGUUGAAUGUCCACAUGGAAAGGGGCCAUGAAUUACAAAGGCCACUUGUGAGCGUUUUGUCUACUGGGGUGAAUAUCUUUCCAGGAA